AUUGCAAGCAUUUUCGAAUGCAAUGAGAUAGUUUACAUUAUUUAUCGUUGAAUAUGCAGUUAUAACUCGUUUACAUGAUUAUCAGAAAAGUUUACGUGUCACGUGUAUUCAAGAUUUUUUUUUGCGUGUGGGGAUAGUUUAGCGUAUAAAACAUGUUGCAUUGGUAGUGGCCUGGUGUUUUCGUUUCAUUCAUAUAAUCGUUCAUCAAACUCACAAAUCGGUCGUAUAAAAUUAAUAAUAUUUAUUAUUAUUUUUUUGCGAUUUCAGAUAGAGAAAAUACUAAAUUAAUCAUAAAAUGUCCCGCAGUCAAAUUGUAAUUUUCAAUUGUUGAUAGAUUUAAGAAUGCAGCAAUAUCCCAAGAAUUAUAGUCGCUGGUGGUUACUGCCCAUAAAUGCAUAAUUGUCUGAUGUGAACAAUAAAUUGAACAUAAAUAGGACUAACACGCAUUUAUAAGUCCUAAAUAUCGAUCAUAGUCGCAAAUAGUAAUUGGAGAAUGUCCCCGAACCAGCGUAAAGACAUUAGAAAUGGUAUUGAAUGAUUAAAGCUAAAAUUAUGUUACGUGUAAAUCUAAGAUUUUUUUGGCGUGUAGUGAAGCUUAACUCGUUCAUCCAUUCUAAAAAAGUUCGAUCAAAACAGGUAAUUGUUUGGUUAAAUAAAUAUAAACAUAGUUUCAAUGAUGUAUGACUUUGAUUGGUUGAAUGUCGUCCACGCUUCUGUGUUGAUAUUUUCAGUGUUAAUUAAGCGACUUCUUGGGAUGGUCACUUUUCCAACAAUAUAAUCAAACGCUUGCUUCACCACCUUCCCUCCCAAUCCAAAUUAACCAUUUUUUAUGAGACGACGCUUAAGCCAUCACAUUUAACAAGUCACACAUAAAAAAAAAUACAAUAGCUUCAUUGAUAAGAAUUUCACCAAUUCAUCGUCCCACGGAGCAAACACUGCUAUACGGUGUGCAACGUGAUUUGAUGGUCAGACAUUCGUUUUCGCUCAAACAAGCACAACCUUUCGAAGCUGUCGGGUGGAGUUACAGUUUUGAGCGUGAAAAUGAGCGAAGAUCGCAAGCGAAAGUAUUUACAAACCAGUUUGGUGCAGACGGUUUUGUCCAAAAAUAGCGACUUGUUAGACUUAGAAGUUCUGAAGUGCUCACUGGAGGUUCCGUCGCACUUGGAUGGAUUUAUGGCAACUAUUUACUGUUUGAACGUUACUGUGAGAAACAAGCAAACGCAAGAAUCAUCCGAGCUGAGCCUACUCGUUAAAGUGAUGAAAGGAGAUGACAAAUUUCGCCGUGAGUCGUUGGGCUUGGUUUUGUUCCCAAAUGAAAUAAAUGUCUACAGGAAUGUUGUGCCCACGUUUAAAAAAUUGCUGGCCACACAGGGUGCGGAUAUUGACGCGACAAAGUGGUGUCCACGGAUUUUCUUCGCAGAACAAGGGUAUUUCCCAGAAUACAGCGACCAGUACGAAACAAUUCUGGUAAUGGAAAAUGCUCAAACAGCAGGAUUCAAAAGCGGCCCCCGGCUUAAUUUGGAUGAAAUCCAUUUGAACCUGAUGGUUCGCAAAAUUGCGCAAUUCCACGCAUGUAGCUAUGCACUUCGCUUGAUUGAUAAUGAAAAACUCGCCCAACUGGUGGAAAGCAUAAUUCCGCUCAAUUUCACUCAGGACGGGAAGGUAGCCUUCGAGAGCUAUGAUGUGGUGUUUCGAGAGACUCAAAAAAGAAUGUUCGGUUAUUUUGCAUCAAGGCGAAACCAAUUCAAUGAAAAUGGCGUUUACGCUGAUAUUGAAAUGCUGAAAAAAACGUAUGGCGAUAAUCCUUCGCAGCUGAUGCAGAGAUGUUUGCAUAGAGAUGACACGUAUUCUGUCAUUCUGCAUGGAGAUUACAACCGGAACAACGUUCUGUUCAAAUAUGAUGAUGAAAAGGCUGUUGACGUACUAAUGAUAGAUUUCCAGGAAAAUCGAUAUGGAUCACCUGCUCUGGACUUAUCGUUUUUUAUGUAUAUGAAUAUGACUGAAAGUUUACGAAACUCUCACUGGGAUACAAUGUUGCAUAAUUAUCACGAUGAACUGCUAAGAUGCAUCACUGAGAUAACCAAUAUUCCAGCAACAGAUGAGAGAAUGGAACCAUACAGCUUUCCCAACAUGAUGGCUCACCUGUCAAAUUUCUUCGUUUAUGGAGCAAUAAUUGCUGUAAAAUUCUUGCCAGUAAUGAUGGGAAGUGCGGAGGAUGUAGCAGAAAUUGUCUACUAUUUCCAUAACGACAUUUACGCGAAUGCCUUCAAAAGGGUAAUGCAUAGGUCAGGAGGAGAGGAAGCAGACCAGAGGGUUGCUGGUGUGAUGAGCCAUUGUUCCCAGCGUGGCUAUUUAAAAUUUCUUUGGAAAUAGUUAAUAAUAACCAGCUGGACCGUUUGAGUUUCAACUACAGGAAAGCUACAUUGUUAAUCUUUAAUGCCAAAACAAUACCCCCUAUGAUCAAUUACAUUGAAUUUUUAUUUUUGUUAAAUGCUUACCGGUGAUUAUCACGAUUGUGUAAAAUGUGGACAAUAUACUCGAUGAAUAUGUUGAGGAUAUUUAGUAACAGGUAAACCUUAGCUCUGUUUGAUGUCACCGUUUGAAAUGCUCAACUUGAAGUUAUUUCAUAACGCAACACCCAUUUCAAUGCAUUUUGAUAAGAUUGUUCAUCCCUUCAAUAGUACAACAAAACUCAUAAUAGGGCGAUAUUCAAAACUGAAAAGGCAAUAGAUGACUUUUUUU